AUGAGCCGAUACACCAGCUGGGCGCUGGUACUGGGAGGUUCUCCCAAGUCGGUCGAAGCGACCGUGUCCUCCAGCAAGCCUGAGCCAGAGCAGUGUGGAAGACAGGUCACUCAAGCAAGACAGCCCAGACCACUUCAUGGAAUCCGCUAUCACUGGGAGGGCCUCUUCAACUUAGCAAUGCAAGCUUCACGACGGAACGGCCGCUGCCCUAGCCCGCGCAAGCGCACCGCGCGCUUGAAGGCAUGGGCAUUGAAGUCUCUUCGGUCUCGCAACUCGCAACCCACAAUUUCUAUCGAUUUCUGCCACAUUUCGCUGAGGAGUUUGCCCUCAGAGAGGAGCUUCGCAGCAGAGUUGGGCUCCGGCGCCUUCUUUGGCAUCUUUGUGCGCGACUAG